AAUCACUUGAACCUGGGAGGCGGAGGUUGCAGUGAGCGGAGAUCGCGUCACUGCACUCCAGCCUGUGCGACGGACGAAACGAGACUCCGUCUCAAAAAAUAAUAAGAAAGAAAGAAAAGAAACGACUCAGUUCUUUGUUUCACUGUUCGCACGGACAGCUUGGCUCUGGGGUCCUUACAUUCGGGCUGUAACUGGAAAAAUGUGUCCAUCAGGCACCAGAACCCAAUUCACCAAGUCAGGAACGUCCCAAACAGCUGCAGCCGAGGUUUGGGAUAAGGAAGUGAGGCUUUCCCGUCAACCUAAACCUGGCUGCCCAGGACCCCGAAGAAACAGCCAAGAGUUAAGACGCAAACUGCAGGACUGAUGCACGAUCCGAGCUCUCCCUCAGCAGUUCUCCAGGUUCUUGGCGCCAACAAGAGUCCCGGGCUCCGUCCCCUGCUGGAACUAUUCAGACGCGCAAGACACGUAACCAGCAGUCCUCCGCCCCGUUAAAUAGUCCUGCCUAGGAUGCCUCGGUGACGCACUUUUCCACCUCAGAAGUCCCUCAGCAGAUAUGCGAUGAGCCUCGGGGGUGCAUCAUCUUUCUGUUCGAAUGGGAGUAUGGGUUUUCUGAUCAUUUUCCCUUCACAGAUUCCUCCGCCAGAAAUCUUACUCGCGGCGUCUUCAUUUCCGGGUCCGCCAUUUCGUUGCCUCUGUUUCUCCACGAGGGGGGGUUAAAGGCCCCCAAAACAUGCUCACAUGAAAAGGGCAAAAAGUAACCGUCCUUGACAGGCAGUCUUAACUAGAGAAGGAAACGGGACUAAACUGGCGGGCUCCGUGGAAGCGCGGCCGGCAGCGUCCCGGACGAGGAGAUGUCUUUGGUGGACUUGGGAAAGAGGUUGCUAGAGGCAGCAAGAAAAGGCCAAGAUGAUGAAGUGAGAACAUUGAUGGCAAACGGCGCCCCAUUCACCACAGACUGGUUUUCCAAAUUGAGAGUCUCCUGUGGAUAUAUAGGUGAUAAUUGUAAGCUUGGAACAUCACCCCUCCACCUUGCAGCUCAGUAUGGUCAUUAUUCCACAGCAGAAGUACUCCUUCGAGCAGGUGUUAGCAGGGAUGCCCGGACUAAAGUAGACAGGACCCCCUUGCACAUGGCUGCUGCAGAUGGACAUGCACACAUCGUGGAACUGCUCGUUCGGAAUGGUGCAGAUGUGAAUGCCAAGGACAUGCUGAAGAUGACAGCUUUGCAUUGGGCCACAGAGCGCCACCAUCGAGAUGUUGUAGAGUUACUUAUCAAAUAUGGAGCUGAUGUCCAUGCUUUCAGCAAAUUUGAUAAAUCUGCCUUUGACAUAGCUCUGGAGAAAAAUAAUGCUGAGAUUUUGGUCAUCCUCCAGGAAGCAAUGCAGAAUCAGGUGAAUGUUAAUCCAGAGAGAGCCAACCCUGUGACUGACCCUGUGACUAUGGCUGCUCCAUUCAUCUUCACAUCGGGAGAGGUUGUUAACCUCGCAAGCCUUGUUUCUUCAGCCAACACCAAAACAACCUCAGGUGACCCCCAUACCUCAAUAGUACAGUUUUCAAAUUCUACCACCUCAGUGCUGGCUACCCUUGCAGCUCUUGCUGAGGCAUCUGUCCCCCUCUCCAACUCACACAGAACCACAGCCAAUUCAGAGGAAAUUAUAGAGGGAAAUUCCAUUGACUCAUCAAUCCAGCAAGUAAUGGGGACUGGAGGCCAGAGGGUCAUCACCAUAGUAACUGAUGGAGUCCCUCUGGGUAAUAUCCAAACUUCAAUCCCUACUGGAGGCAUUGGCCAGCCAUUUAUUGUAACUAUGCAAGAUGGACAGCAAGUUCUAACUGUACCUGCUGGUCAGGUUGCAGAGGAGACUGUAAUUAAAGAGGAAGAAGAAGAGAAGUUGCCACUAACAAAGAAACCAAGGAUAGGAGAGAUGACAAACAGUGUGGAGGAAAGCAAGGAAGGCAAUGAAAGAGAGUUACUACAGCAACAACUCCAGGAGGCCAAUCGAAGAGCCCAGGAAUACCGACACCAGCUCCUAAAGAAAGAGCAGGAAGCAGAACAGUACCGUCUUAAGCUGGAGGCCAUAGUCCGACAGCAGCCCAGUGGAGUUGAUUUUACCAUGGUUGAAGAGGUGGCUGAGGUAAAUGCUGUAGUAGUCACAGAGGGGGAGCUGGAAGAGAGAGAGACACAAGUGACUGGGUCCGCAGGGACCACAGAGCCUCACACUAGAGUUUCCAUGGAAACUGUUUCAUCUUAAUAUGCAAGGGCCACAAUUUGCACUGUGUUCAUAUUAAUCCUCUUUUAAAAAAGAAAAUAUACAGAAGACAAACAUUGCAUAAAAACUAAGAGUGUCUUUAAGAAGAAAACUAUAGCAGGGUGCAACGCUUGGGCUCAGGAAGGUUCUCUGUGCAAUUGGAAAAUUCAAAGCCAUAUUUAGGGAACAUUUCUUCUGAGGGGCCAAAAGAAUAAGGACCAAAUUUCUUAGCUCACAUCAUUGCUUUAAGCAUAGAAGUAAAAGAAUAUUGCAUGCUGUAGGUUGAUUUUUUUUUUUAAUAACUAACUUUCUCACAGAAGAUUUUAAGAUAACAUUUCUAAUAUAUAUGUACCAAUAUAUAUGCCUUUAAUAAUUA